CGCAAGAAGAUGGAAUGUUUCUGGUUAUUGGACAGUUUAGAUAUGCUCGGUUAUGCUGGAAUAUGUGUAGGAACAGAAAAUUCACAAUUAUUAAAAAAUUCUCUUUUGAUACUGCAACAGGAAAACCAUUUUCGGAAGUGUUACUAUUGGGGUCAAAUCUACGGAGUUCGAAGUGAUUAUCACAUCGCAUAUGGUUUUGAGAAGGACUGCAUGAACGGUCAAGUGUAUUAUUAUAGUACGGAUGGAUUAAAUUGGUUGUUGCUACCAAAAGCCAAUAAAUGUGCACGAUUCUUAACGCCGCUUGCGAUUAACAAAUUCGAGGGAGAUCCUUCUAUAGUUACAAACGUAUACAAUGUAAAUCCUCCGUUCCCGCCAAAUGAAGACCCUAAGAAAUAUUACGACGGACCGAUUCCUAAAGAAUUGAAAGAAGAAGAUAGACUCGCAGCUACGGUGGAAUUAAUACGAGAAGAUGCGGCAGUAGUUCCACGUGGUGCGUGGUUCAAGUGUCCUGAUGGUGAUUGCAUCGAAAAUUUAGGGUUUGAAGGGCUUACUAUUAACGAUGCUUCUUAUUUAAAAUCUUAUUUGCACGCUCGUCCACCCCAACAAAAGUGGAAUACUAAUUUGCUUACCAGGCCCGAUUAUGAUUACGCGUUAGAUUUUUUGGAUACAAUUGAUCUGGAUGUCCCCCCAGGUAUUAGAAUAAGAACAGUUAUUAUAAUUGUCGAUUGUUGUUUUUCUGAAGUGUUAUACUCCGUCUUAGGAUGUUGGGACUUGCAGUUUCUACCUGGGCAACGAUUGGUAAUUUUACACAGUCUUUUUUGGCCUGGUGUGACAUUUUAUCAUAAAUUAAAUAGUCCACAUUAUGGCUUCUUGUACUUUGGGCAUGGGAAAAAGAAUAUGGAUGUGGUUUUCAUGAUUUAAAACACAGAAGCCUUGCCGCCACCUUUGCGAACGGGAUUUGUGGGUAAAUCAGUUGGCAGCUAGGCGCGUAAGAUGGCAGCAGU